GCUUCAUUCUUCACAACACUCUUUUAUCACAACCUUUCUUUCAUUCGUAUUGCAUAGCAAUCUUCACAAAAAAUGACGAGUCUUAUAGGCAAAAUUGUCACAAAAACAGAAGUUAAGUCCAGCCCAGAUGCAAUUUACGAUAUCUUUGCCCACAAACCAUUUGAACUCAUCACUGUGGCACCUGAUAUUUUUAAGAGUUUAGACCUUAUUGAUGGCUUGUGGGGAGUCUUAGGCUGUGUACUUUCCAUCACCUACAUUGAUGGAGGAGGAAGUCAUGAAAUUAGGGACACAAUUGUGGCUAUCGACGAUGCGAAAAAAACAGUGACCUAUAUGAUAAUUGCGGGAGACCUUUUAAGUUUGUACACCACAAUUAGUGCUACAUUCCAGGCUGAAACAGAUUCUGAUGGAAAGAACUUUGUCACUUGGACUAUGGAUUACGUGAAGCUUCUACCGACCUCGCCGGAGCCGACUUCGUUGAUGGAUGUGGUUGUCUCUUCCGUCAAGGAGAUUGAUGCUAAGAUUUCCUGAUGAAAGAGAAGUCAAUUUGUUAAUCACAUAUGAAGAAGAAGGGCUUGAAAAAUUCCGACGUGUAUACAUAUUCCGAGCAUGCCUUGAUGAAUUGGAAUUGUAAUAAAUAAAACAGAGUUGGUUUUUUUUUUUUCUUCAUUUUCUUGUUUAGAGUUUCAAUAAAUCAAUUCCGUGGUCCAUACUUAUUUGUAAGUUGGACUGGCUUUAUAAUAAAACGGUCAUUUUGUAUAUUUAUUGUCAUUUUGUAUAUUUAUAAUAAAAC